AUUCAUUUUUUCUGUUAACUUUUUGAGAGAUCGGCCUGGCCGCGGUAUUAUUUACUCUAGAAAUGGGUUGUGGUGCAAGUACUCCAGAAGAUGCUCAGAACGAGAUAGCUGCAGGAGGCCAGCAAAAGCCUACCGACUACAACUACAUGUGCAAACUGUUGCUACUAGGCGACUCUGGAGUCGGAAAAAGCGCGCUCAUGAUGCGAUUUGCUGAUGGAUCAUUCAAAGGGAGCUUCAUGAGCACUGUGGGCAUCGAUUUCAAAAUGAAAACAGUCACCAUAGAUGGGAAACGAGUCAAAAUUCAAAUCUGGGAUACAGCUGGACAAGAACGGUUCAGAACUAUCACCAAGACUUAUUAUCGUGGCGCAAAUGGCUACAUCCUAGUGUACGACGUGACGAACCAAGAAUCGUUCGACCGUGUCAAGUAUUGGCUCAAUGAGAUUAAGAAGAAUGGAAAUGAAAACGUCUAUAAAACCAUUGUGGGGAAUAAAGCAGACUUGAGCGAUCAGCGAGCCGUUAAGUUCGAAGAUGGAGAAAACUUUUCAAAAGAAGUUAAUAUUCCUUUUAUCGAAACCAGUGCGAAAGAUGGGUUAAACGUAGAAGGCCUGUUUACGACAAUGACCCAAAAGUUUGUAAAAUUUGCUGCCAGUCAGAACUAGUGUGCGCACAAAACAUUCCGUAUAAUGUGUCUUUUAUAUGCGCACUGAUUGUGUUGCCACGUUCCUCGACGAACCUCUCGUUGGAUGAUCGUGCAUCACGAAAUCACGCUAACUCGGCCGGGCCUUCUCAUUCGACAAACGCGUACCGGAAUGCGAAAUACACAGGGAACUCCGCUGAUCCUCACGUCAACUCAACGAAAAAAACUACAAAAUAAACACAUAUUGAACGCAAAUAUGUGAGGACGCUAGCACACCUCUCAACGCGCUAUUUCUCUAUGCCUCCGAGGUGUUCCGGCCGCAUUUUCUGCAGCCUGUCUUACACCAUAUAUACAUACCUCUUGUACAUUAUGUAAGCAUAUCAUACUUUUUUUUUUCAUUUAAUCCGACCUGUCAAAUUCUCCCACAUUUUCCUCAAGUGUCCUACAACUGCUUUCCUGCUCUCUUUCGUGUUAAACGCCGUUGAAAAAAUGUACACACUAGGAUCUAAGCAUUUCGUGUUCUCGAUCGAGAUGUUCCACUUGUCCAUCGUCGGCCUUGCCAGCGAGUUGGUCUCACAGUCCUCUCUGGUCGCGUGGCCCACCUUUCCGUACUGAAGGUCAUAGUAUUCGAUCCUCCUUCUGAACGGAGAUACACAAAAGUAUCCAAUCAAAGAAUUCGCCUCGUUGAAAAUAGAGUAAUACGAGGAAAGACGAUCCUUGAUCCGC